GAAACUUUGACGAACAUCGUUAGAUGUCUGCGACAUAGCCGGACAUAUUUGAAGUAUAUGCUGCUCAAGAACUCUCCCAAUGUUUGACGAAGGAGAGGAAACCGACAGCGGGGAGAGAGCCCGUCUGUCUGAGUCUCCCUCCCCGCCUCCGUCUGACUGUCUCCCCCGAGGAUCUCCUCCCUCGCCGCGGCCCCUGGACCUCUUUUCCUCCGCCUGUCCGCUGCUGGGAGACACGCCUUACCUCGCCACUCCGGAUUGUCUGUACCCGUCUCCAGAGAAGAGGGAACCCGGGGACUCCCCACACUCCACCCCGCCAAAGUUAUGCCAGAGCACCGGGGACAUCGGCUCUCCGUUUCUCUCGCGGCAGGAUGUGCGGAUAGAGACGGUGUUCGACCGCUGCGAUGACCCGUAUCCCAAGUGGAGAGGACGAGGCGCGGCGAACGCGGACCGGCUUCAGCACCACGGACAGAGACUCCCGCGGGCACCGGAGCGCUCGGACCAGGGGAACCACUCUGUCGAGCCCAUCGACACCGGGUUCGACUCCGACACCAGGCAAGCGAUGGAAGCCAUGCAUCGCCGGCACACCACAUUGAGAGAGAAGGGGCGUCGCCAGGCAGUGCGGGGCCCCGCCUACAUGUUCAAUGAGCGUGGCUCGGCCCUCACUGCAGAGGAGGAGCGUUUUCUGGAUGCUGCCGAAUACGGAAACAUUCCUGUCGUCCGCAAAAUGCUGGAAGAGUCCAAAACCCUUAACUUCAAUUGUGUGGACUACAUGGGCCAGAAUGCUUUGCAGCUGGCAGUGGGCAAUGAGCACCUAGAGGUGACAGAGCUGCUUCUAAAAAAGGAUGGUUUGGCGAGGAUCGGCGAUGGCCUGCUUUUGGCUAUCUCCAAGGGUUAUGUCCGAAUCGUUGAAGCCAUUCUCGCCCACCCUGCUUUUGGCGGAGGUCUCAGACUUGCUUUGAGCCCCCUGGAGCAGGAGAUGCGUGAUGACGCCUUUUACGCUUACGACGAGGACGGAACGCGUUUUUCACAUGAUGUCACGCCCAUCAUCCUGGCUGCUCACUGCCUGGAGUAUGAGAUCGUCCACAUCCUUUUGACAAAGGGGGCUCGCAUUGAAAGGCCCCAUGACUACUUCUGUCAGUGUUUCGAAUGCAUGGAGAAACAGAAGCAAGACUCGUUCAGUCACUCACGCUCCAGGAUGAAUGCUUACAAAGGCCUGGCCAGUGCAGCUUACCUGUCACUCAGCAGUGAGGACCCUGUGCUGACCGCCCUGGAGCUCAGCAAUGAACUGGCAAGACUGGCCAACAUCGAGACAGAGUUUAAGAAUGACUACCGUAAGUUGUCCAUGCAGUGUAAGGACUUUGUGGUGGGUGUGUUGGACCUUUGCCGGAACACAGAGGAGGUGGAGGCCAUACUGAAUGGCGACGUGGACCUGUGCCCUCCAAGCCCCUACAACCGACCCUGCCUCAGCCGUGUCAUUUUGGCCAUUAAGUACGAGGUCAAGAAGUUCGUUGCCCAUCCCAACUGUCAGCAGCAGCUGCUGACUAUCUGGUACGAGAACCUGCCCGGUCUGAGGCAGCAGUCUGUGUGGGUGAAGUUCUGGACAGUGCUGGGGGUCGCCGCAGGUCUGCCCUUCCUGGCUGUUGCCUACUGGAUAAUGCCGUGUAGCAAGCUUGGUCAGAUCCUGCGAAGCCCCUUCAUGAAGUUCGUGGCUCACGCUGUCUCCUUCACCAUCUUCUUGGGUCUGCUUGUUGUCAACGCCUCUGACCGCUUUGAGGGAGUCAAGAACCUUCCCAAUGAGACCAUCACAGACCACCCCCGACAGGUGUUUAGGGUCAAGACCACCCAGUUCUCCUGGACAGAGAUGCUGAUCAUGAAGUGGGUGUUGGGUAUGAUUUGGUCAGAAUGUAAGGAGAUCUGGAGCGACGGGCCCCGAGAGUACAUCAUGCACCUGUGGAAUGUUCUGGACUUUGGCAUGUUGUCCAUAUUUGUGGCUUCCUUUACGGCACGCUUCAUGGCGUUCCUCAAGGCCACCAAAGCCCAGCAGUAUGUGGACUUGCAUGUACCAGACGAAGACAUUAGCAGCGCCUCCCUGCCUGAAGAAGUCGCGUACUUCACUUACGCCAGGAACAAGUGGCGCCCCUCAGACCCCCAGAUCAUCUCAGAAGGACUGUACGCCAUCGCCGUGGUGCUGAGCUUCUCACGCAUCGCCUACAUCCUGCCAGCAAACGAGAGCUUCGGCCCGUUGCAGAUCUCACUGGGGCGCACGGUCAAAGAUAUCUUCAAGUUCAUGGUCAUCUUCAUCAUGGUGUUCGUGGCCUUCAUGAUCGGCAUGUUCAACCUGUACUCGUACUACCUGGGAGCCAAGUACAAUCCUGCCUUCACCACGGUGGAGGAGAGUUUUAAGACUCUGUUCUGGUCGAUCUUUGGGCUGUCUGAAGUGAUCUCAGUGGUGCUGAAGUACGACCAUAAGUUCAUAGAGAACAUCGGCUACGUGCUGUACGGAGUCUACAAUGUCACCAUGGUGGUCGUCCUUCUCAACAUGCUCAUUGCAAUGAUCAACAGCUCGUACCAGGAGAUAGAGGAGGAUGCCGACGUUGAGUGGAAGUUUGCCCGAGCCAAGUUGUGGCUCUCCUACUUUGACGAGGGCCGCACCCUGCCGGCCCCCUACAACCUGGUUCCCAGCCCAAAGUCCUUCUACUACCUGGUUCUCCGAAUCAAGUCCUGUCUGAUACACCUCUGCAAGGCCAACAGCCGUCGCCGUAACAACGAGCUGGAGCUGGGCAUGCUCAACUCACGGGCCAAGGAUGAACGCCUCAGGACUUAUCCACACCCGGGAGAAGAGUUUAUCCCCAAAAAAUCUAGAAAACACCCGACCAGAUACGAGAAUAUCAUGAAGCGCCUGAUUAAGCGGUACGUGCUAAAGGCUCAAGUGGACAGAGAGAGCGAUGAAGUCAACGAAGGUGAGCUGAAGGAGAUCAAGCAAGACAUUUCCAGCCUCCGUUAUGAGCUCCUGGAGGAGAAGUCCGAUGCCGCCGGAGAGCUGGGUCUGCUCAUCCAACAACUUGGCGACAAGUUUGGCAAGAACACCAUGAGACACUGACAGGACUCGCAGGAAGGAGAGAGAAGGAAGGAGGGAGGAAGAUGUGAAAGGCGGUGAAAUCAGGAGGAGCCGGAGGCAGAGAGCAGGGCCAGGGAAGGUAUUUUUAAGACCUUUACAGUGGAAGAGUGAGAAAAAAAAGGGAGAUAGGAAGCAGGAUGUUUAUGAGAAAGAAAGAGAAGAAAAUGGAGGAAGAGUGUGAGAGAAACAGACUGGGCAGAGAGUGACAAUUUGAUAACUUAAUGCAAAUGGCAAGGGUUUUGUAUUAUGCAAUGACCAAUUAGGGAGGAAUGUGAAAAGAAAAUAGCUGCGACUGCACGAAAGCAAGAGGUCGAAGGGUUAGAGGUGAAGUAAACUCAGUUGAAGGGGCUUUGUGUUGACAGUUGAAUUCUAAUAAAAGGCGACGUCUUCAGGGAGUCAGAUGAAUAUUUAAAAAUAAAAAAAUGUCCACUGUUUUUCACACCAGAAAGGCUGGCUUUGCUUCUAUGUCUUCACUUUGUCAAGACAAGCAUAGUGGAGACCUGUGGAGAUACUGUACUCUCCUUUAUACACCAGGCUAUCUAAUUAAUGCAUUCCCAUCCACAAUGCACAACUUGAUCAGGAGUCAGAUGAAUCAGGUAAAAGCGAGGAAACAGUGUAGGAUUUAUGCAUUCAUUUGAAGUCAUUAAAUCGCUUUCCAAAAAUGCAGACAGUGACCUUUGUAUGUCCACAUAACACACAGUGUGCUGAUAAGGCAUUUAGUAUUGAAGCUUCUUUCUCCAAGAGAUCUUAUGUAUGUAGAAAUUUACUUUGUAGAGUUCCAAAUGGGCAAAUGUACCGUUAAUGUUACAUUAUGUAUUUUACCUCACUCAGAAUUAAUUAAAUACAAUGUAGUAAAU